UUUGCCACUCUGGCUGUCUGCGUCAGUUUUUAUUCUGGUGAUGGGACCCGAUUUGAGGAAUGAACGCUUUUUCAGUGGCUUUAUUGUUGUGUGGGCAACUGUCUAUUCGUCAUAUUACCAUUGUCUGUAGUUUGUUUGUCCGUGGAGUAUACAGGUCAACGGGAACAUGGAGUUUGCCGCAUCAUCACCCUACUUCCAGUGCUCUGCAUGUUCUGGUUUACAUUUUUAUUGUGUCAACGGCUUUGGCUGUUUGUGACGACUCUACUUAUUUUUUGCUGCCUCAUUUGUCAUCAAGCCGUACAGUUGGUCGAGUUCCUGAAGCUUGCCGCAUCUUCAACAUGUACCAGUGCUCUCCAGGUUUCUUUGCUCAUCUGGUUUGCUUCUUCUGAUUUCUCUUUCUUGGGUUCUUUUCUUUUUACCUCUGGUCAUUGCAGUCGUAUGGAAUAUUGGAUGUUGCUGCACUUUCACCCUUUCUUCAGCGCUCUUCAAUUUUUCAUCUUUUGCAUUGUUCAUGUUCAACCUUUCUUCUGUUCUUUUGAUGUGGAGACUUCUUUCUGUCUUUGUGGCAAAUGGUGCAGUUGGGCAAGAUCCUGAAGUGUAUACUUCUUCAUCCUCAUGUCAUUUCUAGCAGAUGAACUCGGACUGGAUUCUGGAGUGCAGCAACUGAAGUCUCAACUAGCUGAGGAGAUGAAACAUGUAAAAAAAGUUAAAGAAUUGUAUCAAGAGGAAGUUCAAAAUCUCCGCAGAAAGAUGGAACAGUCAGCUCAAGUUUUAAGAACUGCUCAACAGGAAAACAAACAAGUUCAACGAGAUUAUGAGAAGAAGGUAUCUCACACAGAAGCUAGGGUGAUAUCACUAGAAGCUGAAUUAGGCCGGAAAGCUAUGGAAUCUCGAAUGGCUGAAACUGAAAAUGUAUCUCUGAAGGCCAGACUAGAACACAUGUCUCGAGAUCUGGAUGCAUCAUUAAAAGCUCGUGGCAAUUUUGAGAAAGCCAUAGAUUUAGAGAAAGAAAAGUGGCACAAAGAAUAUGCAUCAGUAAGAGAUGAGCUUCAUUGCCAGAGAGAGAAAAUGGUAACAUUGUUGGCUGAGUUAACUGAAGCUAAAGCUAAUAUUCAAGCUUUAGAAGAGGAAGGUGAGUCUGUUCACAGUAGCUUAGUUUGUGAACGACAAGCAAAUGUUGAUGUUCAGCUUCAGCUGAAUGAGGCAUUAGAGGAAAAAUCAGCUACAUCUCAACAAAUUCUAUUUCUUACUGAAGAGAAAGUCAGCAUGUCUUCUGAGAUAACGCAGUUGAAACAAACUGUUGAAGAGGAACAGAAGCAAAGUGCUGCCCUUAGACAGCAUCUCCAGGAAGCUAUUAGUCAAGUUCAAGAGGAGCACAGAGUGUCUCUUACUGCUCAGUCAAAGUUCAAUUUGUUGCUUGGGUCGUUGCAAGCUGAAUUUGAAAAUGACAGAAAGACACUAGAAACUGAAAGAAACAACUUAAUGCAGCAACUACAUGGCGCGAGUGCUGAGUUGGAAUCACUGCAAAAUCUUGUGCAGCAAGCAGGAAGGAAACUAAAAGCAGCAAAUGAAGAAUUGAGGGAGACAACAAGAAAAAAAGCUGAAGCACUUGAACUACUGGAAAGAGAGAUAAGCUUAAGAACAGAACUUCAGCAGCAAGCCAGUGAACUUGGCAGUCAAGUGACACGAUGUGAACUGGAGAUGAAUGCUAUGUCAGAGACUGUAACUGUGACUAAAGCUACCAAUCAUGAACUGCAGUUGAAGUUGGAUUGUGCUGAAAGAAAGUGUCACUCAUUAGCUGAACAACUAAAUGAGGAAAAAGCUGCUUCUACCAUGAGUAAGGCAGCCAUGGGUGAACAACAUCGACAGCUGAUUACAGAGUUGGAAACUAGGUUGAUGCAAGCGAACAGUCAGCUUGGUCAGAUGGAUGACAAUAUAAGUUAG